AUGACUCCACUCAACCUCAACCAUACUGACAAGGCGGGGUAUCUACUAUGGGGGGAGACUACAAACAUGCUUACCUCAACAUCCGCCCGGUCAUGGCUAAAAGUAACCCAGAGUGGCCAGAUGUUCAAGUAUAUGAAAAAGUAUAUUGAUGCAUGUGGAGAAGAAGCAGAGGCCAACAAGACCUGUAUCAAUUGGUAUGCUUACUAUGCUCAAAAGCUGUAA